UUAUUGAUUGUUUUCCCUUCCUUAGCAGAAAUGGGAAAGAAUCUUAAUGAGGCCAUGAAGAUGCUGGAAGACAAUCAAAGAAAAAUUGAGGAAGAAAAUGAAAAGAAGUAUGUAAGGAACGAUAUUCCUGGACCACUCCAAGGGAGUGGGCAAGAUAUGGUGAGCAUUCUCCAAUUAGUACAGAACCUCAUGCAUGGAGAGGAGGAAGAUGAGUCAUCACAGUCUUACCGACUUCAGAAUGUUGGAGAACAAGGUCACAUGGCUUUACUGGGACAUAGUCUGGCAGCUUAUAUUUCAGUGCUGAACAGGGAAAGGCUGAGAAAUCUUACAACUAGAAUCCUUUCGGACACCACUCUGUGGCUUUGCAGACUCUUCAGGUAUGAAAAUGGGUCAGCUUAUUACCAUGAAGAUGAUCGUGAAGGUCUCUUAAAAGUCUGUAGGCUUGUUAUUCACUCUUGCUACGAAGACUACACAGUAGAAGGAUUCAAUGUGUUAUAUAAUAAGCAGCCUGUUAUAUACAUUAGUUCUGCAGCCAGAACAGGCUUGGGCCAAACUCUCUGCAAUCAGCUUGGGUUGCCCCUUUCAUGCAUGUGCCGCGUGCCUUGUAACACCAUGUUUGGAUCCCAACAUCAGAUGGAUGUUGCUUUAUUGGACAGACUAAUUAAAGAUGAUAUUAACUCUGGAAAGCUGCCACUAUUACUAGUGGCGAAUGCUGGUACACCAGGAGCAGGUCAUACGGACAAGCUUGGGCGACUGAAAGAACUUUGUGAGCAGUAUAAGAUGUGGCUACAUGUAGAAGGAGUGAAUUUGGCAACUUUGGCUUUAGGUUAUGUCUCCUCUUCAGUACUGGCUGCAACAAAAUGUGACAGCAUGACUCUUACUCUGGGUUCCUGGCUGGGUCUCCCAGCAGUACCUGCAGUGACACUCUACAGACACGAGGAUCCUUCUUUGUCCUUAGCUGCAGGCCUGACAUCAAGUCAGCCAGUAGAGAAACUCCGUGCCCUGCCCCUGUGGCUAUCCUUGCAGUACCUGGGACAUGAUGGGAUUGUAGAGAGAAUAAAGCAUGCGUCUCAGCUGAGUCAGAGGUUGCUGGAAAACUUGAAGAACAUGGAUUUCAUUAAAACUUCGGUUGAAGAUGAAUUUAGCUCUCCUGUAGUGGUAUUCAAGUUUUCCCCAGAACUUCCAAAUAUAGAUCAGAUGCUACAUGCUGGACCGGCAUCUAUAAUUCAACACCCUAUAACCAGCAAUGAGAGACAUAUUUGUGACACCUUCAAUCAGUGGCUAGGUGAACAGUUGGCACAGUUAGUGCCUGCCAGUGGAGUUGAUGUGGUAGAACUAGAAGAUGAAGGCACAUGUGUACGGUUUAGCCCAUUAAUGACUUCUGCAGUUUUAGGAACUGAAGUACAAGAUGUAGAUCAGUUGGUGGACUGCUUGAAAAUGAAGAUAUCAAUACUGACAUGCACACUGCAGCUAAGAGAGGAAUUUGAGCAAGAAGUGAAAAGAACAGUAGGCUUGUCAUAUAUUGAAGACCUCAGCUGGCCAGGACUAGGUGUUGUAAGGUAUGAGUAUAACAGUGAUGGGAAGAAUGAUGACAAACAAGAGAAAGAAGCAGAGAAAAUUAACACUGGACUUUUGAAAAAAUUAAAUGAACUGGAAUCGGAUCUCACUUUUUCUUUGGGCCCGGAAUUUGGAGGGGAGAAGAACUGUGUAUAUAUCGGCACGGUAACUGAAGAUCUGGAUGUGUCCGAGCUGGUAGAAACUAUUGCAGCAACAGGCAGAGAAAUUGAAGAAAAUUCUAGACUGCUGGAAAACAUGACUGAAGUCGUUAGAAAGGGGAUACAGGAAGCGCAGGUUCAGCUUCAGAAAGCAAAUGAAGAAAGACUUCUUGAAGAGGGCCUGCUACGACAGAUUCCUGUAGUUGGCUCUGUGCUGAACUGGUUUUCUCCAUUUCAAGCAUCACCAAAGGGAAGAACAUUUAACUUAACAGCAGGCUCUCUAGAGUCCACAGAACCCACAUAUGUAUCAAAAGCGCAGGGGACUGGGACUACCCCACCCCCGACUCCGACUCCCAAUCGCAUUAAACAAAGACUUCCUGGUCAAAAGCUUUUUAAAAGAUCUUUAAGAAGCUCUGAUGGAUUUAGUGAGACCAGUUCAGUUAGUCAUACUGAUGACUUGGAAAAGAUGGAGCAACUCUCCCAUUCUGUGUCUACUGUACAAGAGCAAGGGACUGUGGAGACAGAGAAAGCGGAGCAGCAGAAUGAGAUCGUACAGGUAACAAAUGACAAAACUGAAGACCUGCAAAGUGACAAAUCACAACGAUCAGGAAAUGACUGCACUAAAGUAGAGGAACAAGAAAGUCUAAGAUAAAAUCCAGAUUUUGUGAAUGAAGACUUUGUAUAAUAACCACAUUCCCUGUACGGCAGGGAAAUUUAUGAUGUAUUCAAAAUGUGAACAGUGCCACACGUUAGUACAGUAACUACUACUGUAAUUCACAGUUAACAGGGAUUUUGCACAAAAGCAAGUUAAAAACAAAGCUUUUUCCCCUAGGGCCAGUUAACUUGUUUUAUUGUACACUUAUGACAAUUGUUUCAACCCUAUAUACAUUCUCUCCAAAGUGAUAUUAAAAUACCUGAUUUAUUUUAAUGGCUUAUAAACAUUUGCCUGAAGGAAUAUUUUUUGGCAAAAGAGUGACAGUUAUUGUAUGAAUCCAGGUGGCAUUAUAGCGCUUAAUGAGUUGAUCAUACAUUUGAAUUAAGGUUAAGCAUGCACCUGGUGAUAUUUGUAAAGUGGGCCUAAUUUAAAAAUAUUCAAUAAACCUGCCAGUUGCUCACCUUUAUAUUUUAAAUCAGUUUAAUCUUAAAAAAACAAAAGCACAAUAAUGUAGGUAGUCAUGCUAGCUGUAGUGCACAUCAUCUCAUUGCUUUUUUAAUCCCUAAUGUUCAUUAGAAAUCCAUUGCCUCUUACUAAAAAGGUCGUCAAGCAGUUGCGGUGCAAUGAAUGACAGGGAUGUACACGUGUGUAUAUUAUGAAUAUGUAAAUACUACUUUGCCAUCAACUUUUUUUUUUUUUUUUGCUGUUGUAUGAAUUGGCCCACUUGUUAAGCUCCUUAAUCUUACAGGGCUUCUGUUAACCCUUUUAGAAAGUAAUAGUGCCUCUGCAUGACACAGAUCUAUCCUUAUUUACUGCUGCACACCCUCUAUAACCAGGUCCUAUGAACAGAGUUACUGGACUCUUUUUGGUUAUGUAUUUUUAAAGAUACUUGUUACUAAAGCUUGAAAAAGUCA